CAAAAAGGCGAGAAAAACGCUGCUGAUGGGAACAAAGCACGGCCUUAAUUUUCCCUUUACAAUUAGUUCCUGGAAUUAACCCUCUAGCAGUGCGUGGCGUCCCCACCUUCGUAAUAUCUAAAAUUCGAUUCCACGUUACCUUUCGCGCGAAAGAAUGAUCGAUUUUAUUUCGAGACGCACCAUACACAGCUCUCAAAGCACUCCGAUUUUUCUUUUUGUUUUUUUUGGUAAGGCUCAGGAUUCUUCUUUCACACGAAAGAUACAGCCCCUGUCCGCGCCUUAAAGCAAAAGGCAACCACCACUACCAGCUCGGUGCUCUCUCUCUGUCUCAAUACCAUCAAGAAGGACCAUUUUUGCUUUUCAAAUAAAACAGAACUGGUGUUUACAAGUUUUGACUACUAAUUUUAACUUUCAAGGCAAAGACAAAAAUAUCUAUUAGUUGUAAUGGUGGAUAGUGUCCGCAAUCUCUGCUCUCACUUGUGCUGCUGCCGCGCCGUCGCUAAGCCUGAAACACAGAACCCGGCGACCGGCGGAGAGAUGGACGUCGGCGGUGGCGGCGGAGGGGGAGAAGGGAUCACCCAUCGGGCGGUGGUGGUGAACGGGAUCAACAUGCACGUGGCGGAGAAGGGGGAGGGGCCGGUGGUGCUCCUGGUCCACGGCUUCCCGGAGCUCUGGUACACGUGGCGCCACCAGAUCCACGGCCUCGCCGCUCGUGGCUUCCGCGCCGUCGCCCCCGACCUCCGUGGUUUCGGCGACACCGACUCCCCGGCCGACGUCUCCUCCUACUCCAUGUUCCACCUUGUCGGCGACCUCGUCGCCCUCAUCGAUUCCCUCGGCCAAGACCAGGUGUUUGUGGUGGGGCAUGACUGGGGCGCGAUGGUGGUGUGGAGUUUGUGUAUGUUUCGGCCGGAGAAGGUGAGAGCUGUGGUGAAUUUGAGUGUGACGUUCACGCCUCGGAACCCGGCCCGGAAGUCGGUGGAGUAUUUAAGGUCACUCUAUGGAGAAGACUACUACGUUUGCGGAUUCCAGGUGCUGCAUUAAUUUUAUUAAUUGUUUCUUAUAUUAUUUUAGUGGAUGCAUUUCUUUACGGUUC